AUGGCUCCUCCUGAGGUAAAGAUAGACUUGAAGCCCCCACUGAAUAAUGACUUUUACAGCACGAACGAUCGCAUAUGUGGGUCGGUGAAGAUUCAACUAAAGAAAGCUCUGUCUAUCAAGACAAUCAAUGUAAUACUCAAAGGAUUUACAGAAACGUUGACUAAAGUGGAUCCGAUAAACUGCUACGGGCAGCACGGAAUGAUGAUGCCGGUACAGGAUAAUAGGUCCUACCAUACGUUAUUCAGCUACACAGAGAGGGUGUUUCCCCCGAAUAAUGUCUGGGAUGCUAUUGAGGGAUCCUCGAAACCAUUCAAAAUGAAGCCCGGCCACUACGAGUAUGAGUUUGCAUUUGCUAAGAUUCCGAGGCAACCAAAAUGCCUGGCGAAUCACACCAAGGGCCUGGUAUGCUUCAGCAGACCCGAUGAGACCCGAAUGCCGCCCAGUUACAACAAUUUGUGGAGAGACCAGACCAAGAUAGACAACUUGGAUCUAUAUUUCUACUCCUACGGCAAAGUGCUGUACAUGGUGCAAGUUCAAAUGGAGCUUGGGAAAGCAAACUCGUGGUACAAGCCCUUCAAUAAGCUGGUGAGAGAGAUACAGCUUAUUGAAUUUAUACCUGAUGCCCGGGAUCUGGCUUACGAAGAGGCAGAUGAAAAAGAGGAGCCCACAAACCGUCGGCAGCCCAGUACUCAGGAAGUUCUGCGAGAAGAGAUGUCCGGAGACUUCAAUAUGAGUCCACUGCGAUGGGACAACGAUACCAUGACGGGUUCAGUGAGCGGCAAUGACCAAACAAGAAUCUACAAAUCGUCAUUUUGGAUAGGAUUGCCCGAUCACAGGAGCUCAGUGUGGGUAGAAGUGAGAAGCAGGGGUCUGAGAGAAACUUAUAGGAACGACGAGUUAUUCUGCGCUGGUAGCAGAAAGUUUGACAGAGUUUACCUUGUGGCAAGAGGGGAUAUUGCCGAACUGAGGAAGUGGACGAUUGUACCAACAAAAAUUCAGCUAAACUUAUUGGAGAUAGCUACGUAUCUGUCACAAGGAGUGGCAAACGAGAACUUUUCAUCGUUGAGGUUGGCCAGCGUUGAUAACUUAUCGAAGACAUCUCCAUCUCUGCUGGAUUUUGAAAACGCCAAGGUAACGGCUGACAAGAACGGUUCGAAAGAGGGGCAACUUGAGUGUGAAAUCAAAUUGAGAAAUCAUCCAAUGCUGAAACGACUGAAGUUUAAUGAAGAAGACUACAGACAUCGGGGCAAUCGACUAUAUAGUUUCAAAACGUGUACCAUCAAAAGGGUAUUCAACUUUCAGCUUUUGAUUGACUGGGAUAUCAAUGGAACGAGUAGACAAACAGAAGUUAUCAUAAGGCCAAUGCAGAUAUUUGUUCAAACUAGGGACAAUCUUCGGAAUGACAUUUUGCCCAAGUACAUUGAACCGCCUGUCUACUCAGAAGCAGCUGAAAUAGCGGGCUAA